AUGUUCUUCAAGAAGUCUACUCUCGCCCUGGCCUUUGUUGCCCUCGCCAGCUUCGUCUCUGCCGACCAGACCCCCGCCUGCCUUCUGUCCGUCAUUGGCAACACCGCCGAUCCAGCCGACCUGUCCAGCAUCUGCGGCGAUGACUCCAAGAAGAUCCAGUCCAGCAUCUCCGAUUCCUGCGGCGACAAGUCCGACAAGGCCCUGAAGUUCUACGCCAGCACCUGCAAGGCCAACGGCCACACAGUUGAACUCUCUUCUUCCAAGUCCGAUUCCACUACCACCACCGGCUCCAGCACCUCCACUGCUACUAGCUCUGGUUUCGUCACCGCUACCUCCUCCGGCUCUGAGGCCACCGGCACCGGCUCGUCCACCAGCGGAUCCUCCAAGACUGGUACCGGUACUGCCUCCGCUUCUACUUCGACCUACACCGGUGCUGCUGCUCCCAGCGUCCAGCUCUCGAUCACUGCGAUCGGUGCGGCUGUCUUCAUGGGCGCUGCUGCAUUGCUGUAA